GCAACCCCUCCCCCCCUGCAGUCUGUAUGAAUCUGACCAUGGGGUAAAGUUCCUUCCUGACCCCAAAUCUGGCAUCAAUCUUUGCCUGUGCAGAGAGGCAAGACCUAGCCAGGAACUUCCAGGGUUGAGUUCUAGCAGGAGCUUCAGUACAGGUGCCAUCCCCAGCCUGGGCUGUAGCCAACAACCAAUGCCUUUGAAGGAGGUUUAAAAACACCUUGACACAUACUAUCAAGAGUGGGAAGAUUUUCCUCCAGCCCCAUGUGACACCCAGCAAAGCUUGAAAGAUCCCCGGAGUAGAACAUGGUCAGUACACCUAGGUCAUUUCUGACCAGUGCUGUCCAACCUCUCCUUGAACCCUCCAGUGAUGGAGUGGCCACAACUGCCCUGGGCAUCUGUUCCACUGCCUCCCUGCUCUAACAUGGAGAUCAGGAAAACCUUCUUCCAAACUAAACCUACUUGGCUUCAGCUUUGAGCCAUUGGUCCAUGUAGUGAUCCUCUGCAGCAAGACGGAAAAGACCUUUUCCUUCUUCAUAGGAGCUGUUUAAUGUUUCUUAGUUUUGAUUUUUUUUUUGAAUGAAUUGACAAAAGCAGGGAGAGCAAAAAUGGGUCUGUGUUACUAACCCUCUAGUAGCAGGCCCCACGGGCUGGCUCACAGAGGGGCUGGGCAGUGCGGCUUCUACAGGAUCAGAACCUUUGAGUUCUGCAUUUCCUCAUUUUAAGAAUGUGCCCCUUCCAUAAUUUUCCAGAGAAGGCUUGUCAUAUGCUAGGGAAUACUACAAUAGGCCUUGAUUCCCUUAUGAAGGGCUGCCUAUGCACAGCACCCAUCCAGGUUGCUGGGUCUCCCCACCAACCCCAAAAUAGAUUUUUCCCUUAAAAACUGUCUAGCACAAAUACCAUAAUUUCUCACCUACAGUGUGCCCAGAAUAAGAUUCACCACUUGUUUUUGAAAGGUGAAAUGACUAAAAGCAGAUCCUUGCUGUAAGUCAUUUGGGGCCCUGUUAUAUAUUCAAAUUCAAGCUGGAUAGAAACCAGCUAUAAAGUUACACAUUUUAAGGCAUUAACUUUGUAGCUGGAUGGCCAUUUUUAUGGUGUGGUAAUGACUUUGCACCUGUGCCUGGUCUAAAUGUACUGCAUGAUUCACCAGUUAAGUGCUCAAUGUAUGUAACGUGUAACGGGCCUGAGGAGCAACCAUGUUCUGCUUCCUGCCAUGGGCACAGAUAUUUUUGUUUUCAUCCCACAGAAGCAUAAGCAGCAGAAACUGCUCUUACUGUGUUUUUUGUAUACAAUACAGCCCUGCAGCUGCCGCUGGCCAACGAUGGCAGCAGCCGGUCAUCGUCGUCGGAGAGCUCGCCUCAGCACCACACGCCCCCUGUGCGGCCCCGCCAUAUGCUGGGGCUGCCUCAGCCGCCUUUUCUCAUGCACCGCAGCAUGGAGAGCAUAGAAAUCGAUCAGAAGCUGCAGGAGAUCAUGAAGCAGACGGGCUACCUCACCAUCGGGGGGCAGCAAAUGCGUCGCUCGGGUAACAAAGAAGAGAACAAGAGGAUUCUGAUGGACCUUGAUGUGGUACUCAAGAGCCACGAUUGCCCCUACAUUGUUCAGUGCUUUGGGACCUUCAUCACUAAUACGGAUGUUUUCAUUGCCAUGGAGCUGAUGGGCACCUGCGCAGAGAAGCUGAAGAAGCGGAUCCAGGGGCCCAUCCCCGAGAGGAUCCUGGGAAAGGUCACAGUGGCAAUCGUCAAGGCCCUCUUCUACCUGAAGGAGAAACACGGUGUCAUCCACCGCGACGUCAAACCCUCCAACAUCCUCCUGGAUGAGCGGGGCCAGAUCAAGCUUUGUGACUUUGGAAUCAGUGGCCGCCUCGUCGACUCCAAGGCCAAGACCCGCAGUGCUGGCUGCGCCGCAUACAUGGCGCCUGAACGAAUAGACCCUCCUGACCCCACGAAGCCCGACUAUGACAUCCGGGCAGAUGUGUGGAGCCUGGGAAUCUCCUUGGUGGAGCUGGCGACCGGGCAGCUUCCCUACAAGAAUUGCAAGACAGACUUCGAGGUCCUCACCAAGGUCCUGCAGGAAGACCCACCCCUUUUGCCCAACAACAUGGGCUUUUCCGUGGACUUCCAGUCCUUUGUUAAAGACUGCCUUACUAAAGAUCACAGGAAGCGACCAAAGUACAACAAGCUACUUGAACACAACUUCAUUAAGCGCUUCGAGACGCUGGAGGUGGACGUGGCCUCAUGGUUUAAGGAUGUCAUGGCCAAGACAGAGUCACCACGAACCAGCAGCAUUCUCAGCCAGCACCACCUGCCCUUCUUCACCAGGUAGCCCAGACGCCCAGCUGGGGUGAGGAUGGGGCCACCCAGAAGCCCCUCCCUUUGCCCCGCCCUCACCCUGCCCCCCUCACCCUCGGCCAAAGCGACUUAUGGGAAGCUGGGGCUGUGCAGGGGAGCUGGAGGAGAUAGAAGAUCUUCCCAUCCCCACCCCAGGCCUGGGUUUGAGGAGACGU